AUGAUAAUUCGAUCCUACUGGCGCCGCGCCGUCGCCCCGUCACUUGCGCUCCUCUUACUGCUCGCAUCUUCGCCGCGGUCCGUGCAAGCGAAGAAAGAUGGCCCGACCAUCUCCUCCACGGCCUUCGAUAACCCGUUGGAGAACGUCUUCUACUUUGACGACUCGGACGUCGUCCUCGGCUACGAUGGAGAGACUGGCACCGUCUGGCGCAGUCCUGACGCCGGCGAGUCGUGGAAAGAAGUCAACGAUCAAGGCCAGUCAGGAAAUGUAUUGGACGUGUACCGGCAUCCGUGGGACAAUCAACGCGCGUACAUCAUCGGAUUCGACUCGGAGCAUUGGGUGACGACGGACACGGGCAAGACUUGGAAGAGCUUCUCGGUCGACCAAGACGACAACUUGGCCCGGUUCCGGAAUGCUCCUUUGAGCUUCCAUGGCCGGGAUCCCAGCAGGGUGAUCUGGAAUGCCGAACACUGCGUGGGCUUGGCUUGCAUCGAAAGAGCUUUCUACACCGACGAUGACUUUGAGACAAUCAACAAUCUGGGGUCCAUGACGCGAGGCUGCCAGUGGGCCGUCAGCACUCCGGAAUUCGCCCAAGAGAUUGCCCCCGAGGUCAGAGAUCGCAUCUUUUGUAUCGUCGAAGGUCUGUACUCGCCUUGGCCUAAAGACAACAGGUUACUCGUCUCAGAUGACUUUUUCACUCGCGAUCAACUGGAGCCGGCGCUGGACGAUGGCCGGGCAGUGACGGGGAUUAUCAGCAUGGCUGCCGUCAAAGGCUUCUUGGUUGCGGCAGCGAAAUCCGAGGGCACGGACGAGCUGGCUCUCUACGUGACGAAGGAUGGCUCGCAGUGGCAUCGGGCAGAGUUUGGACAACACCGCAUCAGUGAAGACGCCUACACUAUCCUCGAAAGCACGAAUUACAGUUUACAAGUUGAUGUGCUCGGAUCUCGUCCCACGAACCCUACCGGUUACCUCUUUACCUCCAAUUCGAACGGCACCUACUUCACUCGCAACAUCGACCACACCAACCGCAACAUCUUUGGAAAUGUGGAUUUUGAGAAAGUGCAGACAAUUCAGGGCAUAGUCAUGGUCAACACGGUGCAGAACUGGAAGGAGGUCGAGGGCUCCACCAUUCCUCAGAAGGAAAUUGUUUCACAAAUCAGUUUCGACGACGGAAGGACUUUUCAAGAUCUCAAAGUCGGUGACAAACGGUUGCACCUCCAUUCGGUGACAGAUGCACGGCAAAAUGGGCGGAUAUUUUCUAGUCCAGCGCCUGGAAUCGUCAUGGGUGUUGGAAAUACUGGCAAGUUCCUCAAGGAUUACGAGGAUGGCGAUCUCUUUGUCUCGGAUGAUGCUGGUGUCACCUGGAUUGAAGGUUUGGACGGAGCUCAUCUGUACGAGUUCGGCAAUCAAGGCGCCGUGAUCGUUGCCGUUGAUGAUGAAGAGCCCACCAGUCACAUCAGAUACUCAAUCGACCACGGCAGGACGUGGGAAAAGGCCGAUCUGGAGGGAAAGGUCCGAGCACGGUUCCUGACCACUGUCCCGGAUUCAACAACGCUCAAAUUUCUCAUGAUGGGUGCCAAAGGUACUGGUUCCAAGACCGAGUGGGUCAUGUUCAAGAUCGACUUCGAAGGGCUUCAUGAGCGAGCUUGUGGAGAUAAAGACUUCGACCGCUGGCCUGCUCGUGUUGACAAGGACGGCAAACCCAGCUGUCUCAUGGGACACAAGCAGUUCUUUAGGCGGCGCAAGGCUGAUGCUGAGUGUUUCAUUGAUGUAGAGUUCCAGGAUCCCGUGCCUGAAUUCGAGCCUUGUGUUUGUACAAGGGCAGAUUUUGAAUGCGACUACAACUUUGUGAGAACCGAGGAUCGGAAAAACUGCGUUCCUGCAGAGGGAGUUACUCUCCCUGUCCCGGACGGAGCUUGCAAGAAUGAAAAAGACACCUUCAAGGGCCCGUCCGGUUGGCGACUGAUUCCCGGCAACGAAUGUGUGCGCAAAGGCGGCGAAGAGCUUGAUCUCGAGAUCGAAAGACCGUGCUCGGAUUCGGUGAAAAGGCCAGCUUCGGGAGAAAUUGUUGUCGAGAAGACCAAUUUCGACGCAGAUCGUUUCUCCGAGUGGUACUACCUGGAAAGAGGCGAUACGUCGAUAGGCAGCGAUGAGACCAUUGUCAUGCGUACGAGCGAGCAAGACAUCUUCUUGACCCGUGAUCACGGGAAAACGUGGCAACCGAUCCUGAAGGGAGAGCCGAUCACGGCCAUCGCGCCUAACCCGCAUCAUCACGACGCGGUAUUCUUUCUCACGGGUUCAAAGGAAGUUCAUUACACCAUUGACCGAGGAGACCGAUUCAACAAAUUCUCGGCACCGGAACGGCCGAGUACUCUGAGACUGCCCACUAUGAGGUUUCAUCCCGAGUACAAGGAUUGGCUAUUAUGGUCUGGCGCGGUGGGUAAUGACGACCACACCAACAUCUGGCUAUCGAAAGACCGAGGCGAUCGCUGGGAUGUAAUGGUUCGCUACGGCAGAAAGUGCGAGUUCAUGACUCGCGAAGGUCGAGCACAUGGUGACCAGUUGAUCUUCUGCGAACAAUACGAGGACGAGAACCCGACCAAAAAUCUUAUGCUGCUUUCCAGCGACAACUUCUUCGCCGACUCGACAGUCCAUUUCCCUGAUAUCCUCGACUUUGCGACGAUGUCGGAAUUCAUCAUCGUUGCGGCGAAAACAGAAGAUCGGCAAAGCCUGAAAGUCGACGCAAGUGUCGACGGGAGGACAUUCGCACCUGCCGAAUUUCCCAGAAAUUUCCAGGUCAAACACCAGCAAGCCUAUACUGUCCUGGACAGCUCCACUCACGCCGUGUUCCUCCACGUCACUGUCAACGCCGCUCAAGACCAUGAGUAUGGUGCCAUCAUCAAAUCGAACAGCAAUGGUACCUCAUACGUCUACACUCUUGGAGGCGUCAACCGGGACACCGAAGGCUACGUCGAUUUUGAAAAGAUGCAGGGCCUAGAAGGCGUUGCUAUGGUCAACGUCGUAGCCAACAGGGACGAGACCAACAACGGCGAGAAGAAGAAGCUAAAGUCGAUGAUCACCCACAACGAUGGUGCAGAAUGGGCUUUCCUCCCACCACCCAAACAGGACGCACUAGGCAAAAACUACCCAUGCGUCGGCGAGGCCAACAAGGCCACGGGCAAAUGCUCUCUACACAUCCACAGCUACACUGAACGAGGCGACAAAUCGGCCACUUUCUCCAGCCCUAGUGCGGUCGGACUUAUGAUGGCUGUCGGCAAUGUAGGCGAGUAUCUUGUGCGCAAGGACGAUGAAGCCACCGACACGUUCAUCACUCGCGAUGCGGGCAUUACGUGGCAGUCGGUCAAAAAAGGAAGCUAUAUGUGGGAGUAUGGCGACCAAGGCAGCAUCAUUGUCAUUGUAAAGGAAUCGCAACCCACGAAAUCACUCUUCUACACACUCGACGAAGGGCUGACUUGGAAGGAAUUCGAGUUCUCGCCCAACGUGGAAAUGCAGAUCGACGCCAUUACCACCGUCCCGUCGGACAACUCCCGCGCUUUUCUGCUCUGGGGCAGAGAACUUGGUUCUCAAGCAAAACGUGGCAUUUUCACCGUGCACGUCGACUUCUCGGGCCUCGAGGAACGCGAGCGCAAAUGUGAACUUGACGAAAAGGACCCCGAAAAAGGCGACUACACGCUCUGGGAACCGAAACAUCCUAUGCAAGAUUCAAACUGCCUUUUUGGCCAUGUGGCUCGGUAUCAUCGCAAACGCAUCGAUCGUGACUGCUACAAUGGCAAGAAAAUCGACCACCUCCACAGCAUCGCUAGAAACUGCUCCUGUACACGACAGGAUUUCGAGUGCGAUUACAACUAUGAGAUUCAAGCAGAUGGGACGUGCCAGCUUGUGCCUGGUCUUGAGCCUGCCGAUCACGAGGCGAAUUGCAAGGACAACCCGAAUCAGGUGGAAUUCUGGUAUCCUACGGGAUAUCGGAGAAUCCCACUGACAACGUGUCAAGGUGGCCGUGAGCUCGACAAGCUGGAAUCAAAACCGUGUCCUGGCCAUGAGGAAGAAUACGAGAAGAAGCAUGGGAUCAGUGGUGCAGGGCUCUUCUUCGCGAUUUUCGUGCCUAUUGCGAUAGCUAUUGGGAUUGGAUACUGGGCAUACACGAAGUGGCAGAGUGGAGGGGGUGGGUUCGGACAGAUCCGUCUGGGCGAGGGAUUCUCAGCCUCUCCUACAGGUGGCGAUCCGUUGUGGAUCAAAGUCCCUGUUGUGAUUGUGAGUGGCGUUGUCGCUGUGGCCAAGGCCACGCCUCUGCUUGUGAUGAGUCUGUUCCGGAGUGCGAGAGGGUAUAUGCCCCUUGGUGGCGGAUCUUCUCGCGGCGGCGGGAGGUUUGGUGUCGGGAGGGGCACGAACGUUGGUGGGUACGGGGCGCCAUAUCGUUCGAGGGACGCGUUUGCAAGGAGAGGGCAAGAUUACAGUCAGGUUGUCGAGGACGAUGAGUUGCUCGGGGAUGGACUGGAUGACGAAGAAGAGGUGUGA